AUGGAAAUUGCAAAAGCAAACUCAACAAACUCCAAUGAAGAAGAAAUAUUAGCGAGAAUUGAAAAACUAAAAGAAAUCGAUCAAGCGCUUACAUCUGCGCUUCAAGUCCAAUACCAAAUUCAAGACAGAUGUGACAAUCUUGAGGAAUAUAUAAAUCAAAAUAUAGAAAGGACUCUAGUUUCUAUGAAAGCAUGCACAAACAGCAUUAUCAACGAAAUGCUAAAAAAGAAAGAAAACUUGCUUAAGCUGUUAAAAAGCAUCGAAGAUAGCAUUGAAAAUGAUGAAACAGUUGUGAAAAUAAGAGAUGAGAGGGACUGAUACAUCAAAAGAGUGGAAGAUUUAGAAUCACGAUAUAAAGAAUACUCUCAAAAAGCUUCCGAGAAAAAAAUCAAAGCAAAUGACCUCGAAAUGAGCAUGAGGGAUUUAAACGCCAAACUGAAAUCUUUGAAUAUUCAAAAUAUGAGAAUCCAAUUUAAAUUGGACGGGAUCAAAAAGAGAGUUCUACCUAUUAGCUUGCAGACUUCUCCGAAGAAACAAGUCCAGAUAAUUGGGCAUACAAGCUCAACACUUUCUGCACUUGUUUCACCUAAAGGGCAUGAGCCAAUUUCAAUAAAAAAUUUAAAAAACUCAAUCCUCAAAACGAAAAACGAAAUUAAAAAAAUUCAAGAAGAAACCUAUAAAUCAAAUCAGAGCAAUAAUAUAUCUAGAUUCUUUAAGAGUUGCUAUGAUACUAUGCAUGAUGAUUUGAUAAAAAGGCUUCCGAAUAAACUCUCCUUUAUAUAUAAAAUGCUAACUGACAAUUCUACAGAAGCUUCUAUGCAGCAAGGCUCGCUUAGCUUUAAUGGUGAUUAUUUUCCAAAUAUGAAAAUCAAAAAUCAAAUGAAAAGAAUGGUAUUUUAUAAAUAGAAAGAGGAAGAGUUAGAGAAUCUGAAAUUCUCGUGAAAAGAAUUCAAAGAAAUUGACUCUCAUAAAAUUUUCAUUAUACUCUCUGUAAAAGAUAAAGUAUUAGAAGAGCUAAUUAAAGCUAUAUCAGUAGAUUUUCGUGCGAAAAAGCAAGAAGAAAUAAGAAAAAGGUCCAUAAUAAAAUCUGAGUUGGAAUUUUGUAAUUUUUACCUAGUAAAACUUCGAAUUAGAAGAAAUGAAAAAGGAGAUAUUGUUUCUUAUAGAUAA